CAUAUGUAUCGCUCGCUGCUACUGAUAAUCUCGUCAAUUUUCGCGGCCUUGUCAGAACAAUACAGAAAAACAAAAAAGACGCGUCAAAUACAGGAAAAUUGCAAAAAAAAAGCCGCCAUUUUUUUUCCUAGUGAAAGCAAUCUAACAAGUGCUGACUCCAGCAAGAUGGCGGCGCGACCAGGAAGUGUAAGAACGAGACCACCUCCUUGUGUCUUCGAAUUGCUUGGCGGGACCGCCGGGCUUGCGGCGCUGUACCACAGUGCCACCUUCGUCGACAUGUCGAGUCCGUUGAACUGGCACUUUUUCACGGCUGCACUGCAGCACAGUCCCAAAUCUGUGAUCCAGCAGCAGCUGCAGGAUGAAGACCGUGUUGGUGGUCUUGUUGUAUCAGAGGACCACAUGAUCCACAUCGAGGAGGACGCGGCCACCGAUGUCGUUGCUGAGCUUGGCGAGCAGGAAGGUGAUAUUGGCUUGGGCGGAGCAGGUGCAGAUGGUUCUUUCAAUUCCCCGAGGAGCACCUCCACUCUACUGCCUGACGGAACUACCGUCUUUGGAGGGACAACAAGGACGAGUUUGACUUUGCCCAACAAGAAGACUAACCCCAGGAGCUGGUCCUUAUUUUCGUCCACCACAAGAACUGCGAGCCUUCUGCAAACUAAUCAUGUGGAGGCGACCUCCCUCGACGCGAUGACCGACCUGCAGUUGAGUCAUUUCCAGGGACAGUGGUCGACUUACGUGGCGACUACGGUUUCUAUGGAGAACCAGAUGCUGAAGCAGGUCCCGUCGGUGGAGCUGCAGGGAAUGCAGGUACAAAUACUACUUCUUGCUUUUGGUGCACGUGCGUCUGCAUCUCCAGGGCGAUGACAGAAGUUUCGCUCAUGUUUAUCUGAACGGCCCAUCAUGUUGUAAAAUCGUGUGUACUAAUCUACUCACGCAACAAGCGCGUGGCGUCUAGUAUUGUAAAAGUAGCACUGCAACAGCAAGUAGAUGGGAAUGAAUGAAAUUUCAAUGUACUACUUACACGUCGACCUCUCCCAGAUACUGAUGCGGCACUUCCAGUAUGAGGCUCCAUUUCUGCUCUACAACUUCGACGCGUACCAGUACGGCAGGACGGUUUUGGUCUUCGAUUUGAACGGUGAUCAGCGGUUGGAUAUGGCGGAAAUGCAGAAAUUCGUCGCCGAAAUGGGGAUUCGGAACAAGAAUCAUGACACGCAGCGGGUUGAAGAUGUCAGCAGCUCUUCGGCUGGUGAUGAAACAACUGCAACUCCUGCAGAAACGUGCAUGACGGAGUUCGACACGAAUGACGACGGGGUAGCUUCCCUAGCGGAGAUUUCGGUGACUUGCGCAGCAAGUACCACGGCGACGCCAGCGAUGUCGAGAAGCAGUUUUGCGCAGACGGCGAGUGCGUCCGCAACCGCAGAGGACGAUGGGAACAACGGUGGUACGAUUCCUUCCGCAGCAAUGCAGCUCUCUGUGGCGAGAUCGGAGCUAAGGACAGAGCCAAUAUGCUGCGUAGAAGUUGUGUCCGUAUCGUACUCGUACUAAAGUGAAAUACUUCACGGAAGAUCUUCUCGCAGCUUCCUUCGCUGAUAGAAGAACGUGAUGGCGCGUGAAAAAAUAAAUGGCACAUGCAUUUUUGACGUGAAAAAGUGACACUGUGCAUAAUUACAUGCAGCCUGUACUCACUAACCCCAAUUUUUCUGCCAUUUAUUGCAACAGCAUUCACUUUUUUACAAGAACGGUUACAUGAUAACUUAUUCAGGGUAUAUAAUAGCUGCUGCCAAGGGAUUCGCUCUCUUGUUUUUCCCAGAACUGUGGCGAGGGAACAAGAGGAAGCACGACGAGCGGCGGAAAGAGACCGCCGGCAGCGUCAGGGAGAGUUGCUUCGGGAUAGCAGGGACCGGGAAGUACGGAGCAGGGUCUUGGAAGCAAAGCAGUAUGGGGAGGAGCUCAUGCGGCUUGGAAGGAGCGAAGCGGGAGAGCUCGACCCAACGGUGGUCCGUAUGGGACCAACAAGCAGGACAGGGCCGAGCAGCCUCUGGAGGAGACGCCAUCCGAAUGUUGAGGAAUAAUCAUACCACCUCUAAGUAAGGAAGUAGGUGGUAGGUGCCAACGACGGUAGCUGUGUUGAAACACUGAGCAGAAGCAGUAGCCGCGGUCCAUCUUCAAGCGCAGUACGCACUUCGCAAAGAGCGGCACUUGUUAACGUUGGCGACACGAGUGGGUACGAGGGCGACGUGUUCAUUUUCAAGAAGUCCAGUAUGGGAGUGAAUGUCAGGAUUGAAAUCGUCAAAGUUCAAGUUGAAAGAGUUUGUCAUGCAUAAAAUGCAGCCCACAAAGUGCAUGUCUUGCAGAGUAGGCAAGUGAGGCAGAUUGUAAGCCUGUUGAGGAGUAGAAUGAAACUGAGCUGCUAAAGUAGCAUGACAAAAGGCGUCUUCCUUACCCAAACAGGACGACAAACUGGAUUUCGGCCUUACUCAAAGUUGUCAUGCACCACUUGGAAUCUGGGUUACAAUUUUCAUCUAUUUUAUGCAUUGCAAGUUAUUUCAUCUUCGUCGAUUUCAAUCCUGACACAUCCAUAUCCAGCGACGGGAUCACGAUCGAAACCAUACCGACCUAUCAAAUGUAAAAAUUUCUGGGUCUGGAAGGAUACAACUUGUGUUGCUACACUUGGAAUCUACAUAAAAACUGUAUUGCAUGAAGAGCAAAAGAGGUGCAAUUUGUGCUACGCGGAGAGGGCAUUUCUCAUGCGGUAUGAGCAUCAGAAAGCCCUCGCAAAAUCUCUGAUGCUCGGCCAGCAUCACAGACCUCAUGGGUGAUGCAAAAUCUGUAUGACAAACUCCUGCAUUCUUCCAGACCCAGACAUUUUUGCAAUCCAUACGACCUACAUUGGCGUCAUUUUCCAGCCGGAUGCGAAGCCUUGAGGAGGAUAAUUCUUUGCACGAGAACUGCAACUAUACUUCUGACUGCAGUCGUGCACAACUUCUUGAAUAAAAUCAGAAGUGGUCGUGGGUCGCACUCGACGCAUUUGACACGGUUUUUGCACAGUAAGUAAAAAACCGCUUCGCUACUGCUGGAGAUGAAGUUGUACUCGGUUGUUUCAAACAAGAUUCAGAGCUAGCAGCAUGGCGAGGACAACUCCCGACACAACGUUGUACCAUACUUCUGCGCGAGACGACAGAUCGGCUCCUUGAUGAGGUGGCGCCACCAGUCGUGUUCUUCUGUAGAAGUGAAGAUCCUCUCUUCGCAUGAGGUC